AUGAUAAAGUAUGUGGGACUUCACUGGUCGCUGCUCAACAACUUCGGUCUUACCAGCCUGCCGAUCUCGGGCUGUCGGCUGCGGCUGCCCUCGGUGAAAUUGUCGCGUCAGGACUUCGCGGGGCCUCGGUGGCCAAGACAUCGCCAUGGUGACAAACUUCAGUGGUUUCACAGUCAUCUGGAUACAAAAAAAACAAGAUAUUCAAAGAAAGAUGCCUGUGAAUUAGUUGAAAGGUACUUGGCUCGGUUCAGCAGUGAGCUGGAGCAGAUUGAGUUACACAACAGCAUCAAGGACAGGCAAGGAAGGCGGCACCAUUCCCGCGAGGCCGCCAUCAAGCAGACUAUGGAGCGUGAGCGGCAGCAAUACGAAGGCUAUGGCUUUGAGAUCCCAGACAUUUUAGACUCUAAUACUCUGCAGACUUUCCGGGAAUGGGAUUUUGAUCUGAAGAAAUUGCCAAACAUCAAAAUGAGGAAACUUUGUGCUAAUGAUGCAGUUCCUAAGAAGCGCAAACAGAAAAAUAUUUUAAAUAUAGAAAAGGAUUUAGGAGAAUUAGAACUAUCAGGGGAAACUGGAGAAGCUACAGAUGGGAGACUGGAACCAGCAAGUGAGUCAAGUGACACAGAUGAAGAAAUGACCGCAGUGCCUGACAGCCCUCAUUGAAAUACCUGAAACGCUCACAUCAUGCUCACUGACUGUGGCGCAGUCACUUGUGUGUGUGCUGGGGAGAUGGCUCGGCACGAGGGCCUUGCUACCAAGCCUGACUGCCGAAGCUUGAGUCGAGAAUCCAUGGAUUAAAGACAACAGUUGCUACAAGUUUUCUUCUAACGUCCACAUGCACUCCAUGGGAAGUGUGCACAUGCACCAUGCACACACACAAAUAAAGUUUAUUUUAGCAAAAA